AUGCCGGAUCACAGUCCCACCCAGAGCAGUCUUCCCCAUCUUCUGUGUCUGUAUCUUCCAGGUUGUCUGUACCGAGGUCAGGAGUGCCGGCUGGUGAUCCACUAUGAGCAGGGCUUCUCUGUGCUGACUGACCCAAAGGCUGCCGAUGAGGAGGACGGUGAGGCCAGAGUGGUUCAGACUCCCAGCAAGCCUCGAGUGCUUCUCUCCUACCCCUUCGAAAAACUAAAGAUGUCCUCGGACGACGGAGUCCGCAUGCUCCUGCUCGACUUUGGCGGGAAGGAGGGGGAGAUUCAGCUGGACCUGCACUCGUGUCCGAAGCCCAUCGUGUUCAUCCUGCACUCCUUCCUCUCUGCUAAGAUCUCCCGCCUUGGUCUGGUGGCCUGACAGCUUCUAAAGGGACGUCUCACCCCUCCUAAUCCACCUUGUUCCUCCUCCUGUCCGGAGCCGCAUGCAGCAAAACACCUCAAACUCCGUCAGUUGGAAACCCAAGCUGAGUGAAUGUAGCCUCUUUCUGGAAAUAGACCAUUUUUGGGGUCUCUGACUCUAUUUUGACGAAACAAUGGAGGAAGCAGUCGAGACGCGUUGAGCUUUGAGUGACAGAUUUUCGGGGGUAAUGGAACCUGUAAGGGCUGCAUGGACUGACAUGUUGACUGAAGAACCACGGAAGAACACAAGGAUGAUAUAUAUAAAUAUAGAUGUGGACAGAGCAGGUUGGGCAUUAAUGUCCUGGUUGGGAGGACCGGCCUCGUGUAGCAGGUUCACAUGAGUUGUCUUUUAAUUCAAUCAGAAUCUAAUGGCACACUGCCUUCCAUUUACCCAUCACAUAAUUUAUUUACCACUGGCUCUGAAAGGACAUUCUGAAUUUCACUCGUCAUUUUUCUUCCAGCAAACAUUCGACAGACUGUGGGAAAAACUCUGUGCAUUUGUCUUUAUUAGGGUCCCCUGAGAUGUCUGGUUAGCAGCGUCAGCAUUCAUCAUUUAAACAGGAGCUGCAGGGAUUCCCUCAGAGCUCAUUUAAACUCUACAUGUCACCGUGUUCCGUUGCUGCGGUGAGCGACUGCUGGUUCAGGUGUAUCAGGAUUUGACAGUGUUGUGUUAAAUACUGCAUGAAGUUUGAUGGCAACAAUUAAAGGAUGUUUAAAUUAUCCUGACUAGAACCAGAACCAAACCAGAUAUUCAGAACCUUUUGGGAAACACAUUUUAACCAGAUAAUUUAAAGCAAUGGUUGGAACUUGUAGGGAAAUAUGAUGUUUUCUUGCUGAGACGUAUCUGUGCAGUCUAAUGCAAUCCAGUACAACAGCUCCGCCAUACACUACAUGUUUAUAGAAAUAUAUAUCACAGAUUCCGGCAUUUUUCUCCUGAUGCUUUCCCUCCUUCAUGUAUGUUAAUGAGAUGGACAGACAGUCCAGUUUAGCACCACCACCUGCUACGAACACACAAACGUUGCAGAAUUCUUCCGACAAUGCAAACAAAAAGUUUUAAGUUUCACGAAAGUACAAUUUAUUACACAGUUGUUGUAUCUGAUUGCAUUAGAUUGCGCCGGUGCUCCUAUAAGGUGGAGAGUAUGCAGGAUAAUGACCGCAGCAGGAGGACACAGCUACAGUAGACUGGUUCUGUCCUGUACAUUUAGUUUGUGCUGUGCUAAUAAGGUGGCAUUUUGUUACCUUUGGACAGAGCAAGGCCGGCUGGUUCAGGAUAAACAGACCAAUCUAAAAACCGAGCAAAACAUAGUGAAGGUUUCAGGAGGCUGGUUUGCCUAACGGAGCAUAAAGACUGUCACUGUCCCUCAGCAAGAAAUAUUCUGGCGUUCAGCCACAAAUUUUUCAUACGCAUGGCAAAAUCUGAUUUAUAGUGAGUUGUUAAUCGACCGAUAAAGUUUAUUCUGGCUGGAAAUGACAAACAAUUGACAAAAGAUGCUGAGACAAGACAUGUUAAGAUGAUAUUUAGAUAUGUUUACUAA